CAGGUGGACGAGCUGAAAAAGAAGCUGGCUCAGCAAGAGAAGGCCGGCCAGACCCAUCAGCAGAAAGCAAAGGCGCGUGAAGAGGAGCUCCGUUCGGAGAUGAAGCAGCUGAAGGAGAAGACGGCGGACCUCCAGGCCCAGCUGGUGCAGAAGGAACAGGCCGCCGAGCAUUACAAGGCUCAGAUGGAGAAGGCGAAGAUGCACUACGACGCCAAGAAGCAGCAGAACCAGGAGCUGCUGGAGAAGCUGAAGGGCCUGCAGCACCUGGAGAAGGAGAACGCCGAGCUGAAGGCCGAAUCGGAGCGCCUGGCCAAGGAGUUGCAGCGCACGGCCCUGCAGGCCACCGAGUCGGAGCUUAGCCUGAAGACCCUCACCAGCCAGGUCCGGGUCCUGCAGGCGCAGCUGGACUUCUCGGACCGGCAGCUUCGGGAGCAGGGCAAGGUCCAGGCGGCCCUGGAGAGCCUGAAGGGCCGGGAGUCCUUCAAGCAGAGCUCGGCCGACAUCAGCAGCGACAGCCUGGACCUGAGCACCAGCGAUGAAGGGCAGCCCCUAAACUCCACCAGGAAGACUCGCCGUUCUUUGUCCGAAUCCGGGGCCGUGGAAUCGUCCAGGACCCCCCAGCAGCUGCCCCACAAGAGGCAGUCCUUGGAGAACCUCUCCUUCACGCCCAUCCCCACCCGCUCGCGGUCCAAGCUGGAGAGCAGCAUCGACUCCAUCGGCAACAUCACCUUGGAUUCCGGGCGGAAAGCGCUCUCCGGCCGCCGGCGCACCACACAGCUAAUCAACAUCACCAUGAUCAAAAAACACCCCAAGCUGGAACCUCUGGACAGCACCAACGAGUCUUUCGUCAGUCUGCGGUCCUCCGGCUCCGGGGACAGCGGCCAGGAGUCGGUCAAGACCCGCCUGCGUUCGGCGGCCGCAGCCUCCUCUUCCUCCUCCUCCAUCCGCUCGCUGGCCAGCCUCCCCUCCCAGGAGUCCCUCAGCCGGCUGACCGCCUCUUCGCCCGACGGCACCACCGGACACGCUGCGCUGAAAAGCCUGCCGGGGUAUCGACCCGCCACCCGCAGUUCUCUGAGACACUCCCAGGCCGGGGGCGCAAGCAGCGCGCAACCGGGCCGCAGCAGCUUCUACACCGGCUCCUGCGACGACGAGCCCGACCAGGUGGACGGCUGGAACCGCAUUGCAGAACUCCAGCAGCGCAACCGGGUGUGUCCGCCUCAUCUGAAGACCUGCUACCCUCUGGAGUCCCGGCCCUCUCCGCUCCUGACCACCAUCACGGACGAAGAGGUGAUGACCGGAGACCCCAAGGAGACCCUCCGGCGGGCCAGCAUGCUGCCCACUCAGAUCGUCGAGGGCCCCAGCACCCGCCGCAACACCCUGAGCGCCGCCUGGGCGCUGGGAGGGGUCGCCACGCGGCAGCAGCGGAAGCGCCUUUCGGAUGAGCCCCAGACGGGGCCGGGGACCCCCGAGUGUCGUUCUCCACGAUACAAAAAAGAGGUUGAGGUUCUGAAAACAAGUGCAGAGAAGAGCAACAAAGAGGAUUAA